CCCACCCCCUCCAAAUCUCAGCCACGAAAAUGGCAGAGGAAUCAGUCACGAAUUUUUGUCGGCUGCCAACUAAAAAUCAUGCACUUACUGUAAGCAACUUCUUUUUUUUUUCAUUUAAAGAUCAGUACAUAAUGUCAAGACCGGAACACAUUGCACCGCCAGAAAUUUUUUACGGUGACACAGAAGCAAGAAAGUAUACCGACAACUCUCGUAUUGCUUCUAUACAGGCAGAAAUGGCAUAUCGAGCAUUGGAGCUGUUAAAUUUAUCCGAAGGCCCAGCUUAUUUGCUUGAUGUCGGUUGUGGAUCUGGUCUGAGUGGCGAAAUUCUCGAAGAGGAAGGCCAUACCUGGGUCGGCAUGGACAUUGCACCGUCGAUGUUGGACGUGGCUCAGGAACGCGAUGCCGAAGGUGAUCUCUUCCUUCAAGACGCAGGCCAGGGUGUUGGCUUCCGUCCCGGUGUCUUUGAUGGCGCCAUCAGUAUAUCCGUCCUGCAAUGGCUCUGCAAUGCGGACAAGCAAAUCAACCGACCGAAAGCCCGUUUACAACGAUUCUUCUCUACUCUCUAUGCAUCCUUACGUAAAGGCGCACGUGCCAUUUUCCAAUUUUACCCAGAAAACGAUGACCAGAUCCAACUUAUCAUUGACGUGGCCACGCGUUGCGGUUUCGAAGGUGGUUUGUUGAUCGAUUAUCCCAACUCGAAAAAGGCCAAGAAAUACUACUUGUGUUUGUUUGCAGGUCAACAGACCGGUGUCAGAAACACCAUGCCCAAGGCAUUGGGUGAGGAUGGUGAAAUGCAUCCGGAUGACGCCAAGGCAGUUGCCUUUGAGAAUCGUCGAGAGGUGUCGCGAAGACGCAGACACUCGUCGCGCAAAUCGGUUAAAAAUAAGGAAUGGAUCCAGCAUAAGAAACAGGUUGCUAGAGAACGUGGUGACAAGCCCGUGGCAAGAGACUCCAAGUUCACUGGUAGAAAGCGCAAAGUCAAGUUCUGAACUGUUGUCUUUCUUUCCUUCUUUCGCUCUUCUUAAUUCUCUUUCUUGCAUUUCAUCUCUUACUCCCUGUAUAGUUUUUAUCUUUUGCCCUCCUUGUUUUGUUAUCACUAAAUGUAAUUCGGUUUAAUUCUAAACAUCAACAAAAUAUGCAUAUCAAACACAUCCACCUAGUUGUCAUUGCGGUUGUUGGUGUCUUGUUUGUUUGAUCUCGAAUGCAAAUAGGGGUCGAUCAAUUGAGCUUUCAUUUGGUGAGCCCCUUUUCUGUGCGACAUUGAAGACGGUCUCAUUGGAUGAAUAAUGUAGCUUGUUAGAAUUGUCGAGGACUCAGGUAACACCGAG